AUGACUUCUCCAUCCACGAAAUGCAAUUUGGCCGCGCUGGGUGCAUUGGUUUUGGUCAAUUUCUACUUGGUCUAUUAUUUGUCAGUCAACUACUGGUUGAAGACAAAAGAGACCACAGAGACGGUGCCGACCAGAGUUCCGAGGAGGAAUAAGACUUGUAAGCAGUGUUAAUCCCUAUAUAGUAUAUUUUUUGAUUCUAAAUGAGGGAUGCUGCAAGAAAAAACGGUAGAAUUUUGACUAUAUUUGACAAAAAUAUGAUUGACGGUGUCUGAGACUGAUAGCCCCAGAUUUUGAGCUUGCACUUUCCAUGCGGUUCUCAGAUUUUCUUUGAACUUUGCACACACGUCAGAUAUAAGCCACACAUCAAUUGCUGAAAAAUUUAGCUCGAGCUUUCUCAACGCAGCCGAGAUAUUCAGCGAUCCUUGCCGCCAAGGGAGUCCGCGGGAUUUUUGGCCAUGUCUUUGCCAGUUUUGGGUGGAAAAAAUAAGAUUGUUUUUGUGCGUUUACAUGUUACCCUCUGCAAUUUGAAGAGGCAAAAGACUCGCAAAUCUCUUAAAAAACCUAUUCUAAUCUAGUACCAAGUUCCAUCAAAAUCUGGUCAUCGCACUUUAAACAGUUCCCCUGUUUGUUUCGACUGGUAAAGUUACUUUUACUUCAAAGAAUGUAGCGAUAAAUUUCAUUUUUUGUUGGCCGACCGAUUCUUCUCGUCUCUCAAAUUUCCUAGUAUCCGUAGGGGUUCGUAUAUACACAGAGUCUACAGUGAACGGAAGCUAAAGCUGAGGCUCUUUGAAUCCUCAUACGUUAUUUGCAGUGCCUCCGCUCCCACUAACAUACAGCAUCGAUGAGCAGUUGCGAGUUGAGAAGAUUCUAUCGAAAUUCUUCGAUAAUGAUGGUGUAACAACCACAAAUGUCGACAAUUUCUCUCAAGAAUGCGUUUUCGUGAACAAGCGCAGUCGUUUUUCGCCUCGAGGUUACGUUAUCAACAAAUCGUUGAUAAUCCACCCACCUCAAGACGAAAAUCUCAAAGAAGUUUGCAAUUACAGGCAAGUUCUGACAAAAAGAAUUAGAAUGAAAUAGAAUUGGCAUCAAAAAAUAUUACUUUAGAUGCAUAAAGUUGGAUGGCCAUCAGCAAACUCGAUACGAAUGGAAAUAUAUCGUUGUGAAGUAUGCUAUGACCGUCCCUGACUGUGAUAUGAUUGAAAUCAAAUGUGUUGAUCAAUGGAAUGAAGAGAUCACCUAUUGCGAUAUUAUACUGAGGUUUUUGUAUUAA